AUGGCAACGGCCAUACUCGAUCGUGGAACAGGUGUUCCUUGUUCACAUAAUUGUAGUCAAAGCUACUCGGUCGCUCGUUGCGUCACCUGUGAAAAAUUCCUAUGCCGAGAAUGUCUGACAGCCCACAACAAUUAUCCAGCCAACAACGGUCAUUCUGUUUUAACGAUGGAAGAGUUAUUGAAGUCAGAGAUUCGCAACAAAAUCAACGACAAAAUGUAUUGCAAUGAACACUCGGGCAAGAAAUUAAAAGUUUACUGCGAAACUUGUGAUCAGCUGAUUUGCAGGGACUGCAUGGAUUUUAAACACAUCAAGCAAGGUCAUUCAUGUGUUCUCGUCAAGGAUGUAGCGAGCGACUAUAAGGAACUUCUUGCUUCAAAUGGCAAAGCAAUGGAAGACGCUUUAAUUGAAGGCAAUAUAUUUCUUCAAAGAUUAACGCUGACGGCACAACAACUUGAUCGCGAUGCAGAAAAUGUCAAAAAUAAAAUUGCACAAAGAAAGGAAUUCGUGGCGAUGAAAGUCAUUGAAAUGUUGAAUAAAAAAACUGAAAAUCUUUGUAAAAAAGUUGACGAAAUUCACAAAGGCGAACGAGUCAAUUUGGACAUACAGGCAGAAGAAACAAAGUUAUACGUAGAGAACAUAAAAACGUCUGUUCAACUUUCGAAAACGUUGGUCGACCAAGGCACAGAAGAAGAAAUAUUUUUCUCUCAGAAAAUGAUGCUGGAUAACGCAAAUAAUCUCCUAACAAAACGCGAAGAGUAUUUCAAAGCACCUAUACACGUUGCAAAAUUGAACUACACUUCCUCUAGUGGCGAAGAACCAAUAAACGAAGAGAUCUUGAAAGGACUGGCUAACAGUUUAGGAGAGGUCCAUAAAGAGUAUUUCGAAGCACCUAUACCCGUUGCAAAAUUAAACGACACUUCCUCUUGUGGCAUAAAACCAAUAAACGGAGAAAUUUUGGGAGGAUUGGUAAACAGUUUAGGAGAGGUCCAUGAAACGAGUAACGAUACAGGUAAGAAACCAAUCCAUAAUGGCGGAGGGGGGGGGGGGCAAAGGAGAACCCUAGAUAAAUGUGGUCACUCAUUUUGUAUCGAUCCUUUAUUUGAGAAAUACCCAGCUUAUAAUUCCCUGGUAUAUAUGUAUACCGUUUAAAAGUCAACUUCCAAAGAUUAAGAAUCGAGGUAAAAAUGUAAUCCAAAUCCAAAGGCUCCAGCAUUCUCUACCUGUAGAAGUCGUUUGUUUUAAACUCCUACAGGCUAGUUACAAUGCAGUGACAGGAAACACAGCAGUAAGAAAAGGUGUUUCUCGGAGUUGGUUUUUAUUCAGCCAAGUGGGUGAAAAUGAAUUAAUUCGCCUUGAGAAACAUCGACCAUCUCUGGAUCCCUAAACAUACUGUCUCCCUAAACAUACUGUCUCCAUUAUAGCCUCAGUAAACAGUGUUGUAUAACGUUAGUUAUUUUUCCUGUUUUGUUGAAAUUGUAUUUCUCAAAUAGUGACACUCAAUUUCUAUUUGUGCAUUAGGACGUCAAAGUGCCACAUCCAGUCUAAAUCUAAAGACCCCAGCAUUCUCUAUCUCUGGGAGUAGUUUUCCAACACACAUCGGUUAUGACAAUGCAGCUACAUGUAACAUAACAAGAAGAGAAG